UGGGUUUAAGGUGCUUGACAUAACUAUUCCAGCAACAUAUUUCACAUAGCUGGAAUUUACACAAACAAAUUUCACAUAGCUAGCUUUAGUAUAUCAACUAAAGAUGACUAAUGACAAGGGAGUGCCAAAAGAAGUUGAAUGGAGGAUCAAAGUUGAAGAUGGUCCAUGGAAAAGAGCUGUUGUUUCUUGCAGCAUGUGGACAUUUAUAACAAGUUUUUAUUUCAAGCUGUGCAAUUUUUUUAAGAAAGCUUGGGAUAUUGGUGUGAAUGAUCCAAGGAAAUUCAUCCAUUGUUUGAAAGUAGGAAUAGCACUCACAGCUGUCUCACUUUUCUACUAUCUAAAGCCUUUGUAUGAUGGAGUUGGGAGAAAUGCUAUGUGGGCCGUCAUGACCGUGAUCGUCGUCUUCGAGUACACGGCCGGUGCUACAAUAUAUAAAAGUAUCAACAGAAUUUGUGGAACUACUCUUGCUGGGCUUCUAGCCCUUGGUGUACAUUGGGUUGCUAGUAGAGCAGGAGAUCAAUGGGAACCUAUAAUUGUUGGAGUGUCACUCUUUCUAUUAGCAUCUGCAGCCACAUUCUCAAGAUUCAUACCAACCAUUAAAGCUCGUUUUGAUUAUGGUGCUAUGAUAUUCAUCUUAACUUUCAGUUUAGUUUCGGUAUCUGGUUAUCGAAUUGACGAGCUGUUUAACAUGGCACAACAAAGAAUUUCGACUAUUAUAAUCGGAACUUCGUUGUGCAUAAUCGUUAGCACGACUGUUCGGCCGGUUUGGGCUGGCCUCGAACUCUAUGUUUUAAUCACCGGAAACCUCGACAAACUCGCAAACUCCUUGCAAGGUUGUGUGGCUCAGUACUUUGAAGCCCAAACUGCAACUGAAGAGUCUAACAAAAAGAUGAUGGGUUACAAAUGUGUGCUAAACUCCAAAGCAACAGAAGAAUCAUUGGCCAAUUUGGCUAGAUGGGAGCCUGCACAUGGAAGAUUCAAUUUUCGUCAUCCAUGGAAACAAUAUCUUAAAAUCGGAGCCACAAUGCGUCGAUGUGCUUCGUGCGUUGAUGCUCUUAUCGGAUGCAUACAUUCAGAAAACAAGAGCUCAAACGACAUAAGGAAGAUUAUGAGCAAAACUUCCAUGCAAGUUGGUGACAUCUCUGCAAAUGUUUUGAGAGAGUUAGCACUGACAAUAAAGAGUAUGACAAAAUCCAACAAACUUGAUAUUUUGGUGAUAGAGAUGAAUAGUGCAUCUCAAGAGCUACAAAAUUUGUUAAAAUCUUAUCCAAACACACAAAAUAAAGAUGAUGCAAAAAUGGAUAUUCCAAUAAUGGAUAUUAUUCAAGUGGUCACCAUGGUUUCUUUGCUUACCGAAAUCGUAGCACGCGUGGAAGACAUUGUAAAAUGUGUUGAAGAAUUAUCAGAUUUAGGUAAAUACAAACCAGCAGUGACCAAGUGUGACAAAUCCAAACAACACUCUACAGAUAGCAAGAUCUCUCCGGAACAAGAAAAUGAAGAGGAAGAAAUAGUGAAAACACUUCAAAUGGUAUGAAUGAUGAAGAAGGAAUAAGCAAUAUAUUGUGUAUACAAUCUUUGAUCUAUGAUAUAUUACAUGUUACAUGUAUAAGAGAUCAGUUAUAUUAUGGUAUACAUGAAGAAAAAUGGAAGAAUUACAAACCAAUUAUGUGUGUCUAUGUAGGUAUAUAUAUGUACUUACCUCCAUGAAUCAUGAAUAUUGCAUUACUAAUGAGUUUCUUUUUAACGUAGAAAAUAAUCAAUUUGAAUUUCAAAACAAUAAUGAAUAUUAAUAAAGUGAUAU